UUCUCCUGCCCAGAGACAGCAAAAGUCCAACAGCAGCUCCAUCACCCAGUUCCUCCUCCUGGCCUUCUCAGACACAUGGGAGAUGCAGCUCUUGCACUUCUGGCUCUUCCUGGUCAAUUGCCUGGCUGUCCUCGUGGGCAAAGGCCUUAUCGUCACCACCGUAGCCUGCAACCACCGCCUGCGUAUCCUCCUGUACUUCUUCCUCCUCAAAAUCUCCAUCAAUGUUGUUGGCUCCAUCUCUACCACUGUCCUCAAAUUCAUGGCCAGUUCCCCCUGGGACUCCAGGGACAUCUCCUAUGCAGGAUAUGUUGCCCAGGUCAUUCUCUUUGCCUGCUUUGUUGGAGCGGAGUAUUGUCUUCUGACUGUCAUGGCCUCUGACCGCUACGUUGCACUCUGGAAACCCCUGCGUGCUUGUGUCCACAUGGCAGUAGCUGCCUGGGGCCAUGUUAUUCUCAAUUCUGUCCUUCACACCGUCAAUACAUUUUCCAUACACCUCUGCAAGGGCAAUGCUGUGGAUCAGUUCUUCUGUGAAAUCCCUCAUAUCCUCAAGCUCUCCUGCUCACACUCCUACCUCAGGGAAGUUGGGCUUCUUGGGAUUAGUGGUUUUCCUUUUUUAGGAUGCUUUUAUUUCAUUAUGCUGUCCUAUGUGCAGAUCUUCAGGGCCGUGCUGAGGAUCCCCUCUGCACAGGGACGGCACAAGACCUUUCCCACGUGCCUCCCUCACCUGGUCGUGGUCUCCCUGUUUAUCAGCACUUCCAUAUUUGCCUGCCUGAAGUCCCCCUCCAUUUAUUCCCUAACUCUGGAUCUGGUGAUGGCUGUUGUGUACUUGGUGGUAACUCCAGCAUUGAACCCUCUCAUCUACAGCAGGAGAAACAAGGAGCUGCAGGCUGCUCUGAGGAAACUGAUGACUAGAUAUAUUUCAGCAGCCACAGACUCCCUGCUUCCCUCUACAAAAGUCUCUCAGUGCAGGUCAUGA